ACGAACGCAUGGGGAACUCAGUAGCCAUCGGCGUCUCUUGUAGAGGGAGAGAGAGAGAGAGAGUUUUAGAGAGAGAAAAUGAUUUGGCUGGAAGCUCUUCUCCCCUUGGGGAUCAUUGCUGGUAUGUUGUGUGUAAUGGGCAAUGCCCAAUACUACAUCCACAAAGCAGCUCAUGGAAGGCCAAAGCACAUUGGAAAUGACGUGUGGGACGUUGCUAUGGAAAGGAGGGAUAAAAAGAUCAUGGAGAUGCUUUCCUCAACCCAAAAACAGUAUGGAAAUCAUUUACAGGCUCAUGUUGCUUUAUGAUGAUGAUGGCUACGGUGCAGGAAUAGCUGGGCAAUGGGUGGAUGAGAGAUUGAAUAAGAUUGGCUGCCUCGAUCCGGUAGUCAUUCACUUUGUUCUGAUAAAGGGACUUUUUUACUUUUUUUUUCUUUUGGGAGACUUGGAGCCUCAAGACGGUAUUUCGUUGUUGCUGUAUAUUUGUUGUUUGUUUCAGAGUUUUUGCAUCUGUAAAUUUAUUUGCCCAAUUGGGUUUCUCAGUGCACUCAAAUAUAAUGAGAUUUGCCCAAUUGUGUUUCUCAGUA